AUGGCCGACUCCUUCACCCUGCCUUUGCGCCCCAUCCUUGAGCAGCGUGAUCGCCCAGAUACCCUGCCUGUGGAGAUCGCGCAAAUCAACAAUCAGUGGGGCUCUUUUCGCGAAGUGAAUGAAGAUGUUCUUCGAAACAGGAUUGCCGAGGAGGAAGAAAAGGAUAGCCUGGAUGAGAUAGAUGAGAGUGAUCAAGAUGCGACCGAUGUUGACUCGACGGAGAGCUUGGAGCAACUGUACAAGCGGCGUGCCGAGAUCACUCAGUUCGCUAUGCAAGCCCAUAUGGAGACCAUGUUCGCCCUCGACUUCGUUUCCCUUUUGCUCUCCAAGCAGGCCCCGCGCCAGGCCGAAACCUCCAUGUCGGCCUUUCUCAAGCAAGUCGCUCCCCUCGGUUCGCUCAACGCAGAGGUAGUGAACCCUCCCCCGAAAUCAGAAUCUACAAGCAAAGAUAUUUCGACAGUGUCAAGAGGAUGGCGGAUCCAAAAUUUCAACGCCGCGGCAAAUAAGCUUCUGCAGGCCGCCUCCAGACUUGAAACUGAAGUCGCGUCGGAAACUCGAUACUGGAAUGAAGUCCUGGCUGUUAAGGACAAAGGAUGGAAGGUUUCUCGUCUCCCACGCGAAAGGCAAGCGUUGGGCGUGCAAUAUGGCUUCCUCGAAGCAACGCCGGUCUUCCGCGACCGCGGCCUUGCUUCCUUACGCCGAGCCGAGGAUGGGGUUUUGCUGUUGGAUGAAGGUUUAAUCCCAUCUAAAGCCCGCUAUGUCCGGGAAGCUCUAAACCGACGCGUUCCACUCUCGACGGCGAAAAAAAAUAUUGAGGACCGCAUCCUGCAAGCGCGUGACACUGUUUAUGAAGAAGAACUCUUCCACGAGCUAGUCCGAGAAGCCCGGGCAAUAGCGAGCUUUGGCGUGACGACACGCCAGAAUCUCGUUCGAAUCCCUGCUUCUGAUGACCUUGAAAUUUUACUGGACUUGGUUGAUACCACUGAAAAUGCGUUGCAACCACAACAUGAUAUUUCACAACAAGGAACUUCUCUUGCAGAGGGCUUGGCCCAUACGAUCCGGAUCUUAUUAGCAUAUGCUCACCGUCAAAACCUGCGACGUCGGACUCAACUCCCGCCGCCCCUGACCCCAAAAACGCGUGCUAUUCCUGAGCAUCAGCUCAUUCGGCCAGCUUUAGCUUACAUUAAGCACAUGUCCCAUGUAUGCUGGCUUCAAUCAUUACUGAAAGACCUUUUCGGUGUGUUGCAGUCGGCAAAUUUGAAACCUCCAGCAUACACAACAAGAGUCUUUUCGGCAGGGAAACCGAGACAAACCUCUCCUGCUCCAACACCGGAAACCCUCCUUGGACAGUUCCUCACCCCAUUGCUGUCUACAUUUAAUGGGGAAAUUUUGACACCGCGGGGUUCGUUCUCAAUCUCGAUUCACACCAACCUUUCCUCACCACCCUUCGGCACCACAUUUGAUUUGUCAUUCAAUAUGCCCAAGUACCCGGAUCUUGGGUCUCCUGGAAAACUUUCUCAUAGGGAAGAAGUGGAAGCCGCCAUCACCCAUCUCUUGUUACUUGAUGUUGUUUUCACCAUCUCAUCCAACGAUUCAUCAAAAUCUGGGAAUGAUAAGCACGAAGCGAAAAGUGCCUGGGAAGCAAUUUACCCUCAACAUGGUGAGCUUUUGCUCUCUCCUUCCAGAUCAGACAAAAGAAAAAAGAUGAAGAUUGCCCUGUCCCGUCAUGAACUGUCUCUCGAGAUAUACACCGUACGCUGUAUCGACGGAACCGGGCGCGGAACAUGUGAACAUCCCUCUUACCAUUCAGCGCUGCACACUUGGAAACCAUCCCUUUUUGCGGCGUCACCCAGCCAGCCCUCUUUGAUGGACUUUGUUUCCACUGAAGCGUCACGUGCAUGA